ACCUCUGACAAAUAUCCUCGAUCCAUCUUCCCUCCUUUGCCUCAUCUGAAACAUUAUUUUGGCCAUCCAUACUGAAACAUUCUUCAUUUUCUUCCCUCACGAAACGGCCAGCAUUUCAAGUCGUUAGAUUCUUCGUCCUCCACUUCUCUCUUCCUUGGCCUCCUUCCCUCAGUCUCCUCUGUUACUCCAUGGGUGCUGGCUUUGUUGUUCUGAUGGAUGAAAUGACGUUAAUGUGAAGCCGUGAACAUUGCUGAACGAAGAGGAGGAGCAUAGAUGGAAAAGGGUUGAGGGCAAAGCUUUUUGAUUUUACAAUCACGUAGCCUUAUAGAAACUACUGUUCGCAAGCCAAUUCUAUCUCGCUGGUCACUCUCAGUUUCAAACUCCGAAGACCCAGAUCGAGUUCGGCCAAUCUCUUCUUCUGGUCAUCGUCGUCUCUCUCUCCUAUCUCCUCCAAGUCUUCAACUCUUGAUCUUCGACUUCGAAUUCGUCUUCAACUUUUGAUUUUCGACUUCGUCUUUCCUCUUCGGUCUUUGCUGCUCAAGCAUUGCUGUCACUGACACAUUGUUCAAAGGCUCAGACUCACUGUUCUCCAUUGGGAUUUGCAUUUUGUUGUGGUUCAGCUCAAGCUUUUGCUGUUGCUCAAACAGCACUUUCAGUUCGAGUUCUGUCCUAGUUGUUGCCUGCUUCUUUCUCUUGGCUCUCUUCUUGCUUAUUUCAUUCUCCAGUGGAGGCAUAGUGAAGUGAAGCUGUAGCGGAGGGAAGCUGGAUGCAUCAUUUGGCUGCUAUCCAACUUUAAAUUGGACACUUGUCAAUAAGGUCCAUGGAAAACUCAAUUUCAGCCAUUACAACACUAUCUCUACAGUUCCAUUGUUUCCACUCAAACACCAAAACCAGUGGCGAACAUAACAAUUUCCGCAUCUUCAAGUUCAGGGCUUCCACUCAAUCUCUCUCAAUUUCUUGUGAAGCACCUCCAACGCUUGACUGCAAAAUACGCAAAUUCUCCUCUGAGAAGGUGAAACCUUUUGCAGAAAAAGAUGCAUUCCCUUCAUCAUUACCCCUCCACAACAAAAACCCACGUUCCAUCUACAAGGACAUCAAGAAAUUUGCUAAGGAGAACCAGCUGCGAAAGGCUCUUAUCAUCUUGGACUACAUGGACCAACGGGGUAUCCCUGUGAACCCCACGACAUUCUCUACCUUAAUUGCUGCUUGUAUUCGCACCAAAUCCUUGAAAGAGGGAAGAGAGAUUCAUACCCAUAUUCGGAUUAAUGGGCUAGAAAAAAAUGAAUUUUUACGCACAAAACUUGUCCACAUGUACACAUCUUGUGGCUCAAUGGAAGAAGCUAAACAAUUAUUUGAGGAUUGCUCUUGUUGGAGUGUAUAUCCAUGGAAUGCCUUGCUUAGAGGAACUGUGAUUUCUGGUAAGAAGCAAUAUCGCAAUGUGCUUGCAACUUUUUCAGAAAUGCGUGCAUUGGGGAUUGAAUUGAAUGUAUACUCUUUCUCUAGUGUUAUCAAAAGCAUUGCUGGUGCGCCUGCACUUUUUCAAGGAUUGAAGACUCACGCCCUUUUAAUUAAGAAUGGUUUAGUUGAUAGUUCAAUUCUGCGGACAAGUUUGAUUGAUAUGUAUUUUAAGUGUGGCAAGGUUAGGCUUGCCCACCGUGUGUUUGAGGAAACUCUUGAGAGAGAUGUUGUUGUGUGGGGAGCAAUGAUUGCUGGUUUUGCACAUAACAGGUUACAUAGGGAAGCAUUGGAGUAUGUAAGGUGGAUGGUGGAGGAAGGAAGAAAGCCAAAUUCAGUUAUAAUGACCAUUAUUCUUCCUGCGGUUGGUGAGGUUUGUGCACGAAGGCUAGGGCAGGAGGUUCAUGCUUACGUACUGAAAACAAAAUCAUAUUCUAAGCAAGUACCAAUUCAAUCUGCUUUAAUUGAUAUGUAUUGCAAGUGUGGGGACCUGAGCUCAGGAAGACGAGUGUUUUAUAGCUCAAUGGAGAGAAAUGUCAUUUGUUGGACUGCCCUGAUGUCAGGUUAUGCCACUAAUGGGAGACUAGAGCAGGCACUAAGAUCUACAAUUUGGAUGCAGCAAGAAGGGUUCAGGCCUGAUAUUGUCACAGUUGCUACUGCUCUUCCAAUUUGUGCUGAGUUAAGGGCUCUAAAACAAGGGAAGGAGAUUCAUGCUUAUUCCUUGAGAAACGGGUUUUUGCCUAAUGUAUCUAUAGUCUCUUCAUUGAUGGUAAUGUACUCCAAGUGCCAAAUGAUUGAUUGCUCUACAAAACUAUUUGAUCACUUGGAGCACAGAAACGUGAUUUUGUGGACAGCCAUGAUUGAUUCAUUUAUAGAAAAUGGGAAUUUAUAUGAAGCACUUAAUGUGACUAGGUCAAUGCAAUUGUCAAAGCAGCGGCCAGACUCAGUUACCAUAGCGAGGAUGCUGAGUGUUUGUGGUGAACUCAAACUUUCAAAGCUUGGGAAGGAGAUUCAUGGCCAGAUCUUGAAAAAGGAUCUUUCAUCUGUUCAUUAUGUCUCUGCUGAAGUUAUCAAUAUGUAUGGGACUUGUGGGGAUGUUACUAAAGCAAAGUUGGUCUUUGAUGCUGUCCCUGUGAAGGGUUCAAUGACAUGGACUGCUCUUAUAAAGUCAUACGGUUAUAAUGAAUUGUAUCAAGAUGCAAUUGACCUUUUUUAUCAGAUGAAAUCAAAAGGUUUUUCUCCAAACCACUUCACUUUCCAAGCAACUCUAUCUCUAUGUGAGGGAGCUGGAUUUGUUGAUGAAGCUUGUAGUAUCUUUAAUUUAAUGUUGAGUAGAUAUAAGAUUGAAGCAUCUAGAGAACACUAUGUUAUAAUGAUCCGACUUUUGACACGUUAUGGUCGACUGGUGGAGGCUCAAAGAUACAUAGAAAUGAGUUCUUUGUAGCGAAGGUUGAUAAGAUUCUGUGUAUCAGAUACAUACAUUGUCAAACAAUCCUACAUUCUGUUUUUGAAUCACAAGCAGCAUGGACAUUUGUAUAGACAUAUUAACGAUGUGAGAAAAUUGUAAUUAUGUGUAUCAUACUCCUACUAGAUGUUCCACUCUUUCACUUGAAAACUCAUGGUGAUUAGCCAGUUCUCUUCCGAGGGUAAGUAAACUAUGGAAAAUUACUUUAAUGAUGUUU